AGGUUGCGCGCCAUCGUUCCAGGCGGUCGCACAUUCACGUGCCAUAGCCGUAACAACAACCUGCCAGCCGUUUAAAACCAUACUCAAAUACGAACCGAAACUGCCUUCACACACAAGUACCUAUACCAAAACCCAAAUAGCUGCCAAAAGAAACCAAAAAAUACAAGAGACGUCGUAGCAUCCGUUCCCCGGAAGAAAGAAGAUGGGAUCGCCGGGAUCCCAAGCGCCCGCGAUCGCGACCUCGGUCGGAGCCGGAAUCAGAAACGGGCGGAGAGGUCACACGGGGUCGCUGCUCCUGCGCCUCCUUGUUGUGGUCUUCGUCCUCAACGCCUGCCACGUACCGCUGACAAAUGCCAAGCAAAUUAAAAAUAUCGACGAUGAUGGGGACUUUGUACUGGCAGACGGACACUCGCUGCCGGACAGUAACGAGUUCGAUGAUGACGAUGACGAAGACAUCUUUCAGACCCAUAAGCUUAUUCAUGCCCCAGAGGAGGAGGAGAAGGACUCGUCCUGGCUUAGCCAGAAGAUCCAUCGCGUCCGCCGGUCCAUAAAUCGUUUCUUCGGCGCCGACGACCAGCAGGAGAAGGAACGUGAGUUGCAGCUGCAACGGCGACGUAAUCGCGAGGCCCGGCAGAAGGAGCUUCGCCGCCAACAGAAGGCGAUUCAGAACCAAGAGAAGCAGCUGCGAAUGGAGCGCCAGCUGGAGAAGCAACGCCUGGCCAAACGGGCCAACCACGUCGUCUUCAAUCGCCUUACCGAUCCUCGCAAGCGGGCAUCCGACCUUUACGACGAGAACGAGGCAUCCGGCUACCACGAGGAGGAACCCACUAUCUAUCGAACCUACUUUGUCGUUAGUGAACCAUAUUCCAGCAAUUUGAAGGAUCCGGAAAGCAUUGAGUUCCAAAACCUGCAAAAACUUAUCGACGACAAUCUGCGCACUUUCUUCCAUAGCAAAUACGAAGGUAAUGAUGAUGAGGAGCAGGAAAUUCACAGCAUUCUAGAGCGAGUCGAACCCACACAGGACCGUUUUAAAUACCGCGUCCAAGUUAGGGUAGAGCUGCCCAGUUCUAUCAACGACUUUGGAAUUAAGUUGGAGCAGCAAUUGAAUAAUUUCGAGCGGAUUGGCGAAUUGGGCGCCAGCACUGGUGGCGUCUUUUCCUUCACCGAAUCGAAUGAUUUCUCUGUGGAAGACACCAUUGUGGCAUUGCCCACGGAUGAGGUGGAGGGCUCCGGCAGCGAAGACUCCGGAAGCUGUCGUGGAGAUGCCACCUUCAAGUGUCGCUUGAGCGGAAAAACCAUUUGCGAUGAAAUGCGAUGCGAUGGAACGAGCCAGUGUCCCGAUGGCGAGGACGAGGAAGGCUGCGCUUGCAAUGAACUCGAGUUCAAAUGCGAUAACAGGUGUCUGCCGCUCACAAAACGCUGCGAUAGAAAUAUCGAUUGUCAGGAUCAGACGGACGAGGCUGGCUGUCCUCGUGAACAGGAGCCUGAACCGGAACCGGAACCAGAACCAGAACCAGAGCCUGAACCAGAACCAGAGCCUGAACCAGAGCCUGAACCGAACUACGAACGAAGACCUGAAUACGCACCUGAACCUCAACCUGAUCUCGAACCUGAACCCGAAACUGAACCAGAACCAGAUCAAAAACCAGAAUGCCUGACCACCGAGUUCAGAUGCAACAAUGGGGACUGCAUUGAUGCCAGGAAGCGUUGCAAUCACAUUGCGGACUGUAGCGAAGGCGAGGACGAGAACGAGGAGUGCCCCGCCGCCUGCAGCGGAAUGGAGUAUCAAUGUCGCGACGGCACGCGCUGCAUCAGUGUGAGUCAGCAGUGCGACGGUCAUUCCGAUUGCAGCGACGCCGACGACGAGGAGCAUUGCGAAGGAAUUGUGCCCAAGCUACGAUACACAUGCCCCAAGGGCAAAUUUACCUGCCGGGACUUGAGCUGCAUAUCGAUUGUCCAUCGCUGCGAUGGCCGGGCCGAUUGUCCGAACGAUCGAUCGGAUGAAGAGGGCUGUCCCUGUCUGUACGACAAGUGGCAGUGUGACGAUGGCACCUGCAUAGCCAAGGAGCUGCUCUGCAAUGGCAACAUCGAUUGUCCCGAGGACAUUUCCGAUGAGCGCUACUGCGAGGGUGGUUUCGAUGACGGGGAAUGUCGGCCCAACGAUUUCCGUUGCGGAACCGGUGAGUGCAUUCCGAUGCGUCAGGUGUGCGAUAAUAUCUACGAUUGCAACGAUUAUUCCGAUGAGGCCAAAUGCGGUAAGCCCGAGGAGGAGGAUAGUGUGGGCAUACCCAUUGGCCACCAGCCGCAGAGGCCCAGGCCCAACGACUGGCUGAACGGAAUGGAUGCGAUCGAGUACGAGGUUUAUCAGCCAAGUAAUGUCUAUGGGACGGCCAAUUCCAAGAAUCCCUGUGCCAGCAAUCAAUUCCGCUGCACCACCUCAAAUGUGUGCAUACCGUUGCAUUUGCGGUGCGAUAACUUCUAUCACUGCAACGAUAUGAGCGAUGAGAUGGGCUGCGAGCAAUACGAACGACGCAGCACCACCCGACGCCCUUUGACCUCGGCCAGGCCCCACUUCACGACCGAGGGGCCAGGGCAGCUGGAGCGUCGCAACACCACUGGAACCACAGGCGGCACCUCCAGAGCGACCGAAUCACUCCACUGGCACUGGCCAGCAGUAACGAGAACGACACCCGCAGCCAGAACCACCGAGACCACCACCACUAACCCAAUAACAACAGCAGGCGUAGCGAGCAACCCACCCCAGUCAUGCCUCGAAAACAUCGAAUUCGCGUGCCACAAUCGCGAUUGCAUUCCGAUUGAGAGCGUCUGCGAUGGCAUCCCCGACUGCGGACGCGAUGAAGACGAGGACGACGCUCUUUGCAAGUGCACCGCCGACAAGUUCAAAUGCCAACGCGGCGGAGGCUGCGUUCCAAAAACCCAGGUGUGCGAUGGCAAACCUCAAUGCCGCGACCGCAGCGACGAGAGUGCCUGCCAUCUUCAUGGAAGAUCAAAUAAGACCCGUUUGGGGGUCCAGUGCCUGGAGAACCAGUAUCAAUGUGGCGAUGGGAGCUGCAUCUCCGGCUACAAACGAUGCAACGGCAUCAGUGAUUGUGACGAUGCCGCCGACGAAUAUGACUGCAACUACAACUACGACAACUAUCCGGAUCCACUGAAUGAAUGUGAUAUCCUUGAGUUUGAAUGUGACCAAGGUCAGUGCUUACCGCUAGAGAAGAAAUGCGAUGGCUAUGCAGACUGUGAAGACUUGAGCGACGAAGUCGAGUGCCAGUCGUAUACAGAGAAUUGUCUAAUAUCUGAGUUCGAAUGCGAUGGCUACUGCCUGCCCCGCGAUCAGUUAUGCAAUGGAAUUAUCAAUUGCCAAGAUGGCAGCGACGAGCGCAACUGUACCUUCUGCCGGGAAGAUGCCUACCUUUGCAUCACUGGAGAGUGUGUAGCCGUAAAUCAGAGAUGCAACGGCAUCGUCGAUUGCGUCGACGGCAGCGACGAGCGUCACUGCGGAAGGAUAUAUUGUCCACCUAAUAAACUAGCCUGCAACGGCACAUGCGUCACUCGGAGAAUAAAGUGUGAUGGCAAACGAGAUUGCCUAGAUGGCUACGACGAGAUGUAUUGUCCGGAGACCAACUACCAUUAUCCCACACAAAAACCGAGUCCUAGACCAAAAUCCUGCCGACCCCAUCAGUGGCAGUGUGCGAAUUUCGAGUGCAUCGACAAUAGAUUGCAGUGCAAUGAUUUUAAGGAUUGCUCGGAUGGAUCCGAUGAGGACCUCAGCAUUUGCUUCGGCACGGCCACUACUCGACUAAAACCCAGCGACUGCAGUACGGAUCAGUUCUUCUGCGAUGAGUCAUGCUAUAAUCGCUCUGUUCGAUGCAAUGGUCACAUGGAUUGCUCUGAUGGCAGUGAUGAGGCGGGCUGUUCCUUGCAAUCACUGCCAUGUCCACAGCACCAGUGUCCCAGUGGCAGGUGUUAUUCGGAAUCUGAGCGAUGCGAUCGCCACAGGCACUGCGAGGAUGGCUCCGAUGAGGCCAACUGUACUGCCAUCCUGUGCAAGGAUAACGAGUUUCUCUGCUUCGAUCGACAGUUUUGCAUAAAUGCAACGCAGCACUGUGAUGGCUUCUACGACUGUCGUGACUUUUCCGAUGAACAGAACUGCAUUGGCUGUUACGGGGAUCAAUUCCGCUGCAAUAAUGGUGAUUGUGUUUCUGGAUCGGCUCAUUGCGAUGGAAAAGUCGAUUGUAGCGAUCAGUCCGAUGAACUCGACUGUGGAGGAGACGUGCAAUGCCUGGCCAACCAAUUCCGCUGCAAGAGUGGCCAAUGUGUGAGUGCCACAGCCCGCUGCAACAGACGGACCGAAUGCCACGAUAGUUCCGAUGAGGAGAAUUGCGGUCUUCAUCAUGUUGAGGUCAACCAAGGAACCACUGGAAGUACCACCACCACCAUCUCGACUAGCUCCACUGCCAUGACGCCACUGAGAAUCAUCUGCCCGCCCACCUCAUUUAAAUGCGAAAAUGGACCCUGCAUUGCGCUGGGUCUUAAAUGCAAUGGUCAAGCGGAUUGUCCAUAUGAUAGUAGCGAUGAGGCGGAUUGUGGCCAAAUCAGCAAUGAUAUUGAUCCCAAUGAACCUAACAGUCCUGGACGUGGAUCGUACCAAUUUAAACUUAGAACCUAUCCCGCCAGCCAGACCAUCAAGGAGAGUCGCGAGGUCAUCUUCCGUUGCCGUGACGAAGGUCCCACCCGCGCGUCGGUCAAGUGGUCCCGACCCGGCGGUCGACCUCUGCCCCCCGGUUUCGUCGAUCGCAAUGGCCGCCUGGAGAUCCCCAACAUUCGGUUGGAGGAUGCUGGACCCUACGUUUGCGAGGCUGUUGGAUAUGCCAACUAUCUUCCCGGCCAGCACGUCACCGUGAACCUUAAUGUCGAGCGCUCGAACGAUCUCGAAUCCCGACCGGACUCAGCCUGCACAGAAUACCAGGCGACCUGCAUGAACGGAGAGUGUAUUGAUAAGUCGGGCAUCUGCGAUGGCCAUCCGGAUUGCUCGGAUGGCUCCGAUGAGCACAGCUGCAGUUUGGGUCUUAGGUGCCAGCCCAACCAGUUUAUGUGCUCCAAUUCCAAGUGUGUGGAUCGCACGUGGCGCUGCGAUGGCGAGAAUGACUGCGGGGAUAAUUCAGAUGAGACCUCCUGCGAUCCGGAGCCAAGUGAUGCUCCAUGCCGAUAUGACGAGUUCCAGUGCCGCAGUGGUCAUUGCAUCCCCAAGAGCUUCCAGUGCGACGGCACGAACGAUUGUACAGACGGUACUGAUGAAAUUGGAUGCUCGGAGCCCUCUCCAAUGAAGCUGUCACCGCCUGCGGUUGUCGUGAUGGAGUACGAGGUGCUCGAGUUAACCUGCGUGGGCACCGGAGUCCCAACGCCGACGAUCGUAUGGCGUCUGAACUGGGGCCAUGUGCCCGACAAGUGCGAAUCGAAGAGCUACGGUGGAACUGGAUCCCUCCGAUGCCCGAACAUGAGGCCACAAGACAGUGGAGCCUACUCAUGCGAGUUUAUCAAUACACUCGGCACCUUCUAUCCGAAAACGAACUCCAUUGUCACCGUGACCCCGGUGCGAACGGAUGUCUGUGAAGCUGGAUUCUUCAAUAUGCUGGCCCGCAAGUCGGAAGAGUGCGUCAAGUGCUUCUGCUUUGGAGUGUCCACCGCUUGCGACAGUGCCAAUUUAUUCACCUACGCCAUCCAACCACCCAUUCUAUCAAAACGCGUUGUCAAUGUGGAGCUCAGUCCACUACGCCAGAUUGUGAUCAACGAGGCAAGUCCAGGUCAGGAUCUGCUGACCCUGCACCAUGGCGUUCAGUUCAGGGCAUCGAAUGUUCACUCUUCGGGCCGGGAGACGCCCUACUUGGCCCUGCCCUCAGAUUAUAUGGGCAACCAGUUGAAGUCCUAUGGUGGUAAUCUGGUCUACGAGGUUAGCUACAUGGGCAAUGGAAGACCAGUCAGUGGUCCCGAUGUGAUAAUAACCGGCAAUCGAUACACUCUAACUCAUCGCGUUCGCACUCAGCCGGGUCAGAAGAACAAAGUGAAAAUCGCCUUCCUGCCGGGUGGAUGGCAGAAGCCCGAUGGUCGCAAGGCUACGCGAGAGGAGAUCAUGAUGAUACUGGCCAAUGUGGACAAUAUUCUGAUUCGACUGGUCUACCUGGAUACCACCGCACGCGAAGUGGAUGUGGUAAAUAUCGCCUUGGAUUCGGCAGGAAGUUCCGAUACGGGAUUGGGUAGUGCAUCGCUUGUAGAGAAGUGCACGUGUCCGCCUGGCUAUAUGGGUGAUUCGUGCGAGUCCUGUGCCUCCGGCUAUGUAAGGCAGGCCAGAGGACCUUGGCUGGGACACUGUGUGCCGUUUACCCCGGAACCCUGUCCGUCCGGAACGUACGGAAAUCCCCGACUUGGUGUGCCCUGUAAGGAGUGUCCUUGUCCCCUAACCGGCAGCAAUAACUUUGCCAAUGACUGCAAGCAGAGUCCCGAUGGCGAUGUGGUUUGCCGAUGCAAUGAGGGUUACUCGGGUAGAAGGUGCGAGCACUGCGCCAGUGGCUACCAGGGUAACCCCCUGGUUCCGGGAGGAAUUUGCCGCAAGAUACCCGACACCUCGUGCAACGUGGACGGCACCUACAACAUCCAUAGCGAUGGCACCUGCCAGUGCAAGGAUAGCGUGAUUGGCGAUCAGUGUGACACCUGCGCACCGAAGAGUUUCCAUCUCAAUUCGUUCACUUACACCGGCUGCAUUGAGUGCUUCUGCAGUGGAGUGGGUUUGGAUUGCGGUAGCAGCACGUGGUAUCGCAACCAGGUUACAAGCACAUUUGGACGAUCGCGCGUAAACCAUGGAUUUGCUUUGGUCACCGACUAUAUGCGUAAUACCCCGGAGACCGUACCGGUGUCCAUGUCCCCACAGACCAAUGCGUUGAGCUUCGUGGGAUCCGCCGAGCAGGCUGGCAAUACGCUCUACUGGAGUCUGCCAGCCGCCUUCCUGGGCAACAAGCUAACCUCUUACGGAGGCAAGUUGAGCUACACCUUGAGCUACAGUCCCCUGCCCAGUGGCAUAAUGUCUAGGAACAGUGCCCCGGAUGUGGUGAUCAAGAGCGGCGAGGAUCUGCGGUUGAUCCAUUAUAGGAAGUCUCAGGUUAGCCCCAGUGUGGCCAACACCUAUUCGGUGGAGAUCAAGGAGAGCGCAUGGCAGCGUGGCGAUGAAGUGAUUGCCAACCGUGAGCACGUCCUAAUGGCCCUGAGCAAUAUUACGGCCAUCUACAUCAAGGCCACGUACACCACUAGCACAAAGGAGGCCUCGCUGCGGCAGGUGACUUUGGAUACGGCCACGGCCACGACUCUUGAGACUGCCCGUGCAGUGGAAGUGGAGCAGUGCCGCUGUCCCGAGGGCUACUUGGGUCUCUCCUGCGAGCAGUGUGCCCCUGGCUUCACCCGCGAUCCGGAGGGCGGAAUCUAUCUAGGACUCUGCAGGCCCUGCGAGUGCAAUGGACACUCGAAGUAUUGCAACAGCGAAACCGGCGAAUGCGAAAGCUGUUCUGACAACACUGAAGGCCCCAACUGUGAGCGAUGCGCCGCCGGCUUUGUGGGUGAUGCCACCCGUGGGACUUCGUACGACUGCCAAUAUGAAGAAGGAUACCCUAGGCCGCCUUUGGUACCGGGCAAUCAAACGGCCGCCUGCGCUGCCAUUUGCCAGCCGGAGGGAACCUACGCAUGUCGCGGCAGCGAAUGCCAGUGCAAGAGAAAUGUGUAUGGGGAUCGAUGUGAUCAAUGCCGCCCCGGAACCUAUGGACUGUCCGCCCAAAAUCCGGAGGGCUGCAAGGAGUGCUACUGCUCCGGACUGACCACCCAGUGCCGCUCAGCGUCUCUGUACCGCCAGCUGAUACCCGUUGACUUUAUUCUUACGCCACCGUUGAUUACUAACGAUUACGGUGAAAUCGUGGAUACGCUGAACCUUAUUCCCGACAUAUCCAACAACAUAUUUACCUACGCGCACGAAUCAUAUACUCCCAAGUACUGGAGUCUUAGAGGUAGUGUGCUGGGCAACCAGCUCCUCUCGUACGGCGGACGCCUGGAGUACCGUCUAAUAGUUGAGUCUUUUGGCCACGACCAUCGUGGUCAGGAUGUGGUGCUGAUUGGCAACGGACUUAAGCUGAUCUGGUCGAGACCCGACGCGCAUCUCAAUCAAGAGGACUACCAUGUGCGACUGCAUGAAGAUGAGCAAUGGACGACCCAAGAGCGUGGAUCAGCUCGAGCGGCUACCCGGUCCGAUUUCAUGACUGUCCUGUCGAAUCUAGAGCACAUACUGAUCUUGGCCACACCCAAGAUACCCACGGAAAGAACCUCGAUAAGCAAUGUAAUCCUGGAGAGUGCGGUAACCACAAGGACGCCGGGAGCUACGCAUGCCUCCGAUAUCGAGUUGUGCCAGUGUCCACCCGGAUAUACGGGCAAUUCCUGUGAGUCCUGCGCUCCACUCUACUACCUUGAUAACAAUGGAGCCUGCAGCCCGUGUCCUUGCGAGGCUUCCAACACGGAGUCCUGCGGUUUGGUCAGUGGCGGCUUCGUCGAGUGUCGAUGCAGACCACGCUGGAGGGGUGAUCGCUGUAGGGAAAUCGAAACUAACGAACCAACUCAAGGACCUGAUAACAGUACCGACGAUAACGUGCGCAGCCAGAUCAUCGUGUCGAUUGAAAAGCCGGAGAUUUCCAUUGUGCCCGUUGGUGGAUCGCUGAGCCUUAGCUGUAGCGGUCGAACGCGCUGGAGCAAUAGCCCAGUCUUUGUGAACUGGUACAAGGAGAACAGUCGCAUGCCCGUGAGCUUCGAUCUGGAAGGCGGUGAACUGCGUCUGUACAACCUGCAGAUCAGCGAUUCUGGAAUCUACAUCUGCCAGGCCAAGAACAACGAAACCGGACGCAUCUUCACGGACAACGUCGUCAUCACCGUUACCCCCAAGGACCAACGCUCAGCGGCGGAGAUUGUGGAUUUGCCCAGCCAGGUGACCUUCGAAGAAUACACCAGAGAUGAGAUCAUCUGCGAGGUGCGGGGUAACCCACCACCAACUGUCACCUGGACUCGGGUUGAUGGCAUUGAGGCCCAAAGUACACGAACAUACGGCAAUCGCCUGGUCUUCGAUUCGCCCAGGAAAUCGGAUGAGGGUCGCUAUCGCUGCCAGGCAACCAAUGACCAGAAUCGGGAUGAGAAGUACGUGAUCGUUUAUGUGGAGAGUAAUCCUCCCCAGCCGCCGCCGCCGCAGGAUCGUUUGUAUAUCACACCGGAGAUGUAUAAUGGCCUGGCCGGUGAAACCUUCCAAUUGCAAUGCCAAUUCACAAGUGCAGCAUCACUGCGCUACGAUUGGUCUCACGAUGGUCGCUCCCUAUCCUCGUCGCCCUCGCGAAAUGUCCAGGUCCGUGGCAAUGUCCUGGAGGUCCGUGAUUCCACUGUCCGCGACUCCGGCGUCUACACCUGUGUGGCCUUUGACCUUCGCACCCGUCGCAACUUCACCGAGAGCGCACAUGUUUACAUCGAGCCGGCAGGCGAGCCACCAAUCCUUGGCGACAAGCCGCAAAUCCUGAGCUUAGAGCAGAAUAUCGUGGUGGUGCAGGGCGAGGAUUAUAGCAUCACCUGCGAGGCCAGUGGAUCGCCAUAUCCCUCCAUCAAAUGGGCUAAGGUUCACGACAAUCUGGCCGACAAUGUCCACAUCAGUGGCAAUGUGCUGACUAUCUAUGGAGCCCGACUUGAGAAUCGUGGUGUCUACUCCUGCAUCGCCGAAAACACUCACGGAAGCGAUCAGUCCAGCACAAGCAUCGACAUUGAACCCCGGGAGCGGCCGAGCAUAAAGAUUGAUUCGCCCCAGCAACCGGUUUUGGUUGGCUCCCAGGCGUCCCUCUACUGUGCCGUUGAUGGCAUUCCCGAACCGACCGUCGAGUGGGUUCGUGCUGAUGGCCAACUCCUAUCGCCGCGGCACAAGAUCGAGGGACCCGGCUACGUUGUGAUCGACGACAUUCAGAUCGCCGAUAGCGGCGCCUACGAGUGUCGGGCGAGUAACGUUGCUGGCCAGGAGACCGGCACGGCCACCAUUAGCGUCCAUGAGGCCACCAUCGUCCAGAUACAGCCCGAUACCCAGAGCAUCCGGCUUACCGUGGGCGACGAGCUGUCCCUGACCUGCGUUGGCAGUGGUGUCCCCACUCCUUCGGUCCAAUGGAGUUAUCCGGAGCAGGAUCGUUUCCCAGUUGAACCUCUCGAAUUUGGUCAACGUGCCGCAGGCAAUUCUGCCGACGUUAAAAUAUACCGGGUGACGAAGGAAGAUGAGGGCAUCUACACUUGCCAAGGAAGUAACUCGGCCGGUGACGAUCAACGCUACAUUCGCGUGGAGAUUCAAGAAAGACGAGGUGACAUUGGAGGAGACGAAGAUCCCGAUGUAGAUGGUGAUCGCCGAUUUCCCGGACACCCCAACCGCCCCAUAAUCCAAGAGCCUGCAAACGAUCGCCUUGGCGCCAGCGUGGGCGAUAAUGUGACCCUGAGGUGUGAUAUCGAGAACGUGGAUGCACAGUGGGAACGCGUCGAUGGCGCACCCCUGCCCUCCAAUGCCUACACCAUUAGAAAUUCUCUGGUAAUUGUGUACGUGGAGCCGCACAAUCUGGGCCAGUACCGCUGCAAUGGAAUCGAUCGCGAUGGCAAUGUGGUGGCCCAUGUGGUGAGGGAGCUGACCCUCCUGCCCCUGCCCAGGAUCACAUUCUAUCCGAAAAUCCCUCUGACCCUGGAUCCGGGCCAGAAUUUGGAUGUCUACUGUCAGGUGGAGAACGCGCAUCCGGAUAACGUGCGUUGGACCACCGACAACAAUCGACCACUGUCCAGUUCCGUUCGCAUCGAAGGCAACGUCCUCCGCUUCACUUCCAUCACUCAGGCGGCUGCCGGUGAUUAUCGCUGCACUGCCAACAACGAAUAUGGCACUCGAUCGGAGAGUGCAAGGGUUACGGUGAAGAAGCCCGGUGUAUUCCAUCCGGUUGCCCCGGUGCCAGGUUCCCAGGUGCAACAGCGCCGCGUGGGCGAGACCAUUCAGUUGCGCUGCAGCUUGACAAACCAGUACGGCGGGGACCACCGUGGCAACAUCCAGUUCAACUGGUACCGUGAGGACAACCUCGCAUUGCCCCACAACGUCCGUCCCGACACCCAGGUUCUGGAGCUGACCAAGUUGCAGCCCGAGGAUGAGGGCCGCUACAUCUGCAACUCGUACGAUGUGGACAGAAGGCAGCCACUGCCCCCCGUCUCCAUCGACUUGCAAGUACUAAUGGCGACCCCGCCCCCCAUCUACCUGCCGCCAGUGCCAACAGCGCCCCCACGUUCACCUGGAGGGAUCCGCGAACCCCAAUUGACCCUGAGCGAACAAUCCUCGAACCUGCCAGCCGGUGAGGGCACCACCAUCGAGUGCUACUCCUCCGAUGAUUCCUAUCCAAACGUCUCGUGGGAACGGGCCGAUGGAGCUCCGUUCAGCGAUAAUGUCCGGCAAGUGGGCAACAAUCUGGUGAUUAGCAAUGUGGCUUCAACUGAUGCCGGCAACUAUGUGUGCAAGUGCACGACGAAGAUCGAGGGAGAUCUGUACACCACCAGCUACCAACUUGAGGUCGAGGACCAGCCCCAUGAACUGAAGAGCUCCAAGAUAGUCUACGCCAAGGUGGGCGGAAAUGCCGACUUGCAGUGCGGAGCGGAUGAGGGUCGACAGGCCAGCUACCGAUGGUCCCGCCAAUAUGGACAACUCCAAGCGGGACGCAGUCUACACAAUGAGAAGCUCUCGCUGGACCGCGUGCAGGCGAACGACGCCGGAACUUAUGUUUGUACGGCCCAGUACAGCGAUGGCGAGACGGCUGACUUCCCCAACAUUUUGGUUGUGACGGGGGCGAUUCCGCAGUUCCGGCAGGAGCCGCGCAGCUACAUGAGCUUUCCCACGCUCUCGAACUCCUCGUUUAAGUUCAACUUCGAGCUGACCUUCCGUCCGGAGAAUGGCGACGGACUGCUGCUCUUCAACGGACAAACCCGCGGCAGUGGUGACUAUAUCGCAUUAUCGCUAAAGGAUCGCUAUGCGGAGUUCCGAUUCGAUUUCGGUGGUAAACCGUUGCUGGUGCGAGCGGAGGAGCCACUGGCGCUUAAUGAGUGGCACACGGUUCGCGUGAGUCGCUUCAAGAGGGACGGAUACAUUCAAGUGGAUGAACAGCAUCCUGUGGCGUUCCCCACCUCCCAUCACCAGCAGAUACCCCAACUGGAACUGAUCGAGGACCUGUACAUUGGCGGAGUGCCCAACUGGGAAUUCCUGCCCGCCGAGGCCAUUGGCCAGCAGUCGGGCUUCGUGGGCUGCAUCAGUCGAUUGACCCUGCAAGGACGCACCGUGGAGCUGAUCCGAGAGGCCAAGUUCAAGGAGGGCAUCACCGAUUGCCGGCCCUGCGCCCAAGGACCGUGCCAGAACAAGGGCGUCUGCCUGGAGAGCCAGACGGAGCAGGCCUACACCUGUGUUUGCCAGCCGGGAUGGACUGGCCCGAAUUGUGCCAUCGAGGGCAACCAGUGCACACCUGGAGUCUGCGGCGCCGGACGCUGUGAGAAUACGGAAAACGACAUAGAGUGCCUGUGCCCCCUCAACCGAGCCGGCGAUCGGUGCCAGUACAAUGAGAUUUUGAAUGAGCACAGCCUCAAGUUCAAGGACAACAGCUUUGCGGCCUACGGAACUCCCAAGGUCACCAAAGUAAACAUCACUCUGUCUGUGCGCCCAUCAAGUUUGGAGGACUCAUUGAUUUUGUACACGGCCGAGUCUACUUUGCCCAGCGGCGAUUAUCUGGCUCUGGUACUCCGCGGUGGCCACGUGGAGCUGCUGAUCAACACGGCCGCCCGUUUGGAUCCCGUGGUGGUGCGAUCGGCUGACCCCUUGCCCCUGAACCGCUGGACAAGAAUCGAGAUAAGACGUCGCCUGGGCGAGGGCAUCCUGCGGGUGGGCGAUGGACCAGAACAAAAGGCCAAGGCCCCUGGAUCAGAUCGCAUUCUGUCCCUCAAAACGCCCCUUUAUGUGGGUGGCAUCGAUCGAUCGACGGUCAAGAUCAACAGGGAUGUGAACAUCACCAAGGGCUUCGACGGCUGCAUCUCCAAGCUGUACAACUUCCAAAAGGCCGUUAAUCUGUUGGCGGACAUCAAGGAUGCGGCGAAUAUCCAGAAUUGUGAGGAGACGAAUGAAAUAGGCGAAGAAGUGGAUGGCGUUGACAAUGAGCCACCAGUUCCGCCUCCAUCCCCAGAGGUUCAAGAGAGUGAACGGCAGGAGUUGGCUCCCUGCGCCAGCGAUCCCUGUGAAAAUGGGGGAAGCUGCAGUGAGCAGGAGAACCUGGCCAUAUGCUCUUGUCCCUUCGGCUUCAGUGGCAAACACUGCCAGAAUCACCUCCAGCUGGGCUUCAAUGCCUCGUUCCGCGGCGAUGGAUACGUGGAGCUGAAUCGCAGCCACUUCCAACCCGCCCUGGAGCAAUCGUACACCUCGAUAGGCAUCGUCUUCACCACCAACAAGCCGAACGGACUGCUGUUCUGGUGGGGCCAGGAGGCCGGAGUGGAGUUCACCGGACAGGACUUUAUCGCUGCCGCCGUUGUCGAUGGCUAUGUGGAGUACUCCAUGCGACUCGAUGGCGAGGAGGCGGUGAUCCGGAACAGCGAUAUCCGCGUGGACAACGGCGAGCGGCACAUUGUGAUCGCCAAGCGGGAUGAGAACACCGCCAUGCUGGAGGUCGACCAAAUUGUGGACACGGGUGACACCCGACCCACCCUCAAGAAGGCAAUGAAGCUGCCAGGCAAUGUGUUUGUCGGUGGCGCUCCGAAUGUCGCGAGUUUCACGGGUUUCCGCUACAAGGACAAUCUCAAUGGCUGCAUAGUGGUCGUCGAGGGCGAAACCGUGGGCCAAAUUAACCUUAGUUCAGCUGCCAUCAAUGGAGUGAAUGCCAACGUGUGUCCGGCUAACGACGAACCCCUGGGAGGAACCGAACCGCCAGUCGUCUGAGGAAACAUCCAGCAACCGAAAUUAGCUUUUUAAUUAAAAAUUAACAAAUUAAACAAAAAGAAAAACAAUUUUUAUAUAUACAACAUACGCAUAAGCCCCAAGCAAAACAAAAAAAAUUGAAUAUUAUAUGACGAACAGAUAAUAUUAAAACAAAAAAAGAGAUAAACGAUCACUUCUACCACAUGCUACAUUGCUUCUUCGAUCCUUAAGUCUAGGUUAAAGAUUGUAGCAAGAAAAAAAGCGAUUAUCACAAACAUUUAUUUACCAAAACGCCAUGCGAGAAGUGAAACGAAACAGAAACAAUAAUGCAAUUAAUGCAGAUAAUACAGAUAAAGCCUAGAACCCUAAGAACUAACUAACUAACUAACUCGAACAACAACAACGCAUACUAGCCAACUGCAACCACAACAACCACAAUAGUGAAGGCAUUUUAAUUAUAAUUUUAGUCUCUAGCUAUAACUAUGACUACGACUCUUUUUUUUGUGAGCCCAGUGUAAAAUGUUGGAAAUCGGAAAUUGGCCCUACACACACACACACACAAGUUAUUAAUUAAAUACCAAUUGAUACCAUAUAAUGAUAAAUGAAAUACUAUGAAUGCAACUAUUGUGAACGAACGAAAACCGUUAAGUGGAUAAAAAGCAAAAGCAGAAGAUAUAUUAAAAUGAAAUCAACAACA